CAUAUAGCGAGCUGCCACAAGAAGGCACAGACUCGAGAGUGUAUAGUAUAGCCGCCGACAGAUAAAGUCAGUCGCGGCCCCGCAACUGCCGCAGAGUGAUCAAGCGCGUGUCGUCGUCGUCAUAGUCGUAGUCGGGAUAGUUUUUUAUUCGCGCGUGGACCGUCGACCGAGUCAGACGUCGCGUGUAUACCUUUUUUUUGCACGUACACAUAGUAUAUAUAGAAGUUGUUGUUUGUUGUUGUGAGCUCCCGAGGGACUUGUACACGUGAAAAGAGGAUCGUACCUUUUUUUAUACAACUUUGUAUCAGCUCCUAGUCGUCGAGUGAGAACUUGGUAAAGUUGCAUCGCAUCGUCUUCCAGCCUUUUUGCCAAAAAAGAAUAAUACGAGAUAGCAGCCGUCUGCAGCCUGUCGAGUUGAAGAACAACCAACAGGACCGACGAGCCGAAGAAAGUGAAAUCUCGGAGGAUUCCUUGGAGAUUUUGGAGUCGCGCUAUCCAGCUUUAAUACACGCACGCAUACGCGCACGUCUAUACGUCCACGCUCACGCACGCAGAAGGAAUUACAAAACGGGCCAGUCGCGGUGGGUCCCUUUCUUCAUUGGCCGAAAUAUAUUACGAGAAAAAAAAGGAGAGUGCCUCACCUAGUGACCGUGAUUUUCACUCCGACGUUUUCACUUCCAACCUCAAUACGUAUGCAUGCCGUUCCGGCUUCUCUCGCUCUCUUUCUCUCCUUCUUUCUUCCUCGUUGCUCUUUGAUAUACUUCGAGCGCGAGCCAAAAGCCAUACCGCUUAUUCGACUUGAUUGAUUCUCGAUUGCUUGACCAAAGCUUCUCGUUGCUCUUUUCUCACACGCGCACUGUCUUUCUUUUUUUUUGACGAAAAAAGAAAUUUAUAUACGUGCACUUACGUAAAGCCUGCUCUUUUUUGCUCUUUCGCUCCCUGUACCUAUUUAAAUGCCGUGUGCUGUCGUCUCUCGAGUGUGAUUAAGUGAUGUAAUCGAACUCUUCGCUCCCAGCACGAGAUAUAUCAUUAGCGCAUUUGUCAAUUCCAAGUGACUCCUACAAAUUAUUACUAUUUUAAAGGCACGACUCGUGUAAUUUUUAUUAAUCAACAUGUGGCCCGAGAAUGUUGGUAUCAAGGCCUUGGAGGUCUACUUUCCAGCUCAGUUCGUUGACCAGAGCGAGUUGGAGAAAUUCGAUGGAGUGUCUGCCGGCAAAUAUACCGUUGGCUUAGGUCAAAGUAGAAUGGGAUUUUGCAAUGACCGAGAGGACAUCAAUUCGCUGUGUCUCACCGUGGUUCACCGGCUGUUCGACAGGUACGAUGUCAAGCCCCAGGACAUUGGCAGGCUCGAGGUCGGUACCGAGACCAUACUCGACAAGAGCAAAUCCGUCAAAUCCUGCCUGAUGCAGCUCUUCGAGCCCUCCGGUAAUACCGACGUCGAGGGCAUAGACACCACCAAUGCCUGUUACGGUGGCACUGCUGCCCUUUUCAAUGCCAUCUCCUGGGUUGAGAGCAGUGCCUGGGAUGGUCGUCUGGCCCUUGUUGUGUGCGCUGACAAUGCUGUCUACGCUCCAGGCAGUGCCAGGCCUACCGGUGGUGCUGGAGCUAUUGCUAUGCUCGUUGGACCCCAUGCCCCCUUGGUCCUUGAUCAAGGAUUACGUGCCUCUUGCAUGCGACAUGUGUAUGAUUUCUACAAACCAGAUUUGCGAUCAGAAUAUCCUACUGUAGAUGGGAGAUUAUCUAUUCAGUGUUACCUUAGUGCUUUAGAUACCUGUUAUCAAAGGUAUUGUGACAAAGUUAAAGCCAAAAAAGCAAAUCACCAAACAAGUGUCAAUGACUUUGAUGCUGUAUUGUUCCAUUCACCUUAUUGUAAGCUUGUACAAAAAUCAUUUGCUCGAUUAGCUCUAGUGGACUUUAUUAACUCGUCUAAAAGUAAAUCUAUUGAAAACCAUGUUGAUUUGCAAAAGUUCAGUAACAUAGCCUUGGAAGAUACUUAUUUUGAUAGAGAUGUGGAAAAAGCUUUCAUGGCGCUAAGCAAAGAAGAUUUUGAGAAAAAAACCAAGCCGAGCUUGUUCAUUGCUAACCAGGUUGGCAAUAUGUACACACCAUCCGUAUAUUCUGGUCUAAUCUCUUUGUUAAUUGACAAACCAAUUGAGGAAUUGGCUGGAAAUAAAAUAGGAGUAUUCUCAUAUGGAUCUGGUCUUGCAUCAAGCAUGUAUUCAAUAACAGUAACAAGUGACUUGAGUCAAGAUUCACAGUUAAGGAAACUAGUGACAAAUCUUUCUUAUGUUAAAACUCAACUGGAAGCCAGACAACAAGUUCAUCCCGAAGAAUAUACAAAAGUUUUAAGUUUAAGGGAAAAAAAUUGUCACACUGUUCCAUAUGAGCCUCAAGGAAGCAUUGAUAACAUGUUUCCAGGAACUUAUUACCUUGUCAAAGUUGAUGAGAUGUACAGAAGAACUUAUGAAAGAGUACCAAAAUUGAAAUAGUUUUAUGCUUUACCUAAGCGGAAGUACAUUAUAUUAUACAUAGGUGAAAUUUUGGUGAAAUUUUGUUUUAAAUAUUAUGCAAAAUUUCAUUUUAUGAUUUUAUCAAAAUAGUUUGGAGUUUACGAAACUAUUGAUUGAUAAUUCAUUGCAACAAUGAUAAUAGGCAAUAAUGUAUGUUAAAAUUCAAAGAUUCUUAUUAUUUAAAAAAUAAUUGGAUGUAAACAGAAUACUGAAACAAUUUGCAAUCAUUUCUGUGAACUUUAUAGUCAACUCAGUUGUUUAGUUUGUAAUACUAUUUUAUUGUAUCAUUUUUAAACAUAUUUGUUUUGAUUGUGCUAGAAAGAAGCAAUCAAUUUUUUUAUUAUUUAUCAAUUGAUCACAUUAAUGGUCUGCAAUAUAGUAAGUAAAAUAAUGUACUUAUAGAUUGAAAAAUCAAAUAAAAAUGAAACAUGUGCCUUUGAGUGAAAAAUUACAGACUCACUAAAAAAUAUUUAAGAAAGAUGGUAAAGGUUGUGUGAGUAUCACAUGUAAAUAAUUUGUAAAGCAAGUAUUCUUCAAUGAUGUGCUUAUGAAAAUUUUACAUUUUAAUAAUUAAAAUAGCUGUUGUUAUACUAUUUUUUCUUAAUCUCAACCCUUUUAUAUUUAUGUACAUUUAGAUACUCUACCAUGUUAUAAUAGUUUAACACAUUUAUAUUACUUGUUUAUUCAUUUAUAGAGAGACAAUUAUAAAUAAUGUUAUGAACUUUUGUUCUUUUUUUGAUUUUUAUAAAUUGUAUACCAUUGGCUUGGAAUGAUUUGUUUUGCUUUUUGAUCUAUUUGACUUCAGAACUAGUUAAUUUGAAAAACAAUUAAUAAUAUCUGGGAUGUAAUAUCAUUUUUACUUAUAUAACAGUUUGUUUUCUUUUUAACAGUAUUCUUUUAUUUGAGUCAACUCAAAAGUUAUUUACACCUUUGUUUGAAAUAUGUUUAUGAAAUGUAGAAUGAUUUAUGUAUUAAAAGUUUUAUUGGAAGAAUAAUAUCUACAAACAUUAUGCUUAAAAAGAAUGGUGGAGGUCAUUUAAAUUAUUGUUUUAGUUAAGACAAUCGAAAUUAUUCAAUAAAUAUUAUUUCAUGUUA